AUACAAAAGAAUUCUGCCCCGUAACCUGUGAGGAUUUUAAUCCAGACUUGUUGUAUGACGUGUUCUGGAGCGGCAACAUGACAACGAAAGGCGGCUACUACCACGCUCAGAUUGUCAACAUGGCAGAAUCCGAAGAAGAACUGCGUGAUGUAGCGAAACGAAGACGGAAAAGGCCGCUCUGUAGCGCAAUGCCAGCAGACUUCUCCGAGGCGCGCAAAAAGCCUCGUUCAAUAAUGAAAAAAAAGAAAGCGACAAAUGACAAAGAUGUCAACAAGCGCCAAAGAGAUUUGGAUCUGCUCCAAAAGAUAGAGCAUGAGAACCAUGACCUCGUGCCCCGCAAAAAGUACAUGGAGGUACUACGCAAGCUGCACGAAAAAACAAAAGCUCUGGAGCAGUGCCAGAAACUAAAUGAGCAGCUCCAGGAGGCACUCUGCACAAAGAUAAAGAAAGCAGAUUGCUUCCAGUGCCAGAAGGGUGGAGCAGAGGAGACUGCUCCUCUCUAUUAUGUGGACUUUGAAGGGCAGGGGGAUGCCAACGAACCAGGACUAGACCCCGCCUGGUUAAGCCUAAGUGCAAUGACAGUCGAGUGCAAUAUAAGAAAGGUGAAUGCAUCAUACGACAGUGCUUCCCAGGCUGCUGUGUCCCAGCCAGCAGCUCCUCUACCUGCACGGGAAAGUGGCGAAGCCGAACUUGGUGCGGUGAUGGUGAAUGCAUCCCAGGCUCCUGCGUCCCAACCAAACCGUCCACCAGCACCAACAAGUGGGGAAGGCGAGUCGCGUGCUAUGAUGGUGAAUGCAUCCCAGGCGCCUGCGUCCCAACCAACUCAUCCACCAGCCCCAGCAAGUGGGGACGGCGAGUCAGGUGCUACAAUGGUGCUGAAUACUCAAUACUUUUCCCCUCACCUAUAAUAAUCUGCAGUAAAAGCUAUGCUCUGCCAGGUCUGAGACGGCAUGGUGUACUGCUCUGUCUGAGCCACGAGACGUAUUGCUACGACUCCUCAGAGCAGGGCUGCACCCAGGGGGUGGGGGAAUUUUGGGGUUCUGACAAUGGCCGGCAAACUGGCUGGUUUCUACUACUGUUGUUUUAAUUAGUGUUAAUGAUCGAAAAGUGACAAGUGUUUUUUUUCUUUAAAAAAACUAUUGUGAUUGCUCGGAAGAAAGAAGUAGUCGGGCUUGGACUCAAAAAGGUCUGCACAUCUCGAGUGGUGACGUUUGUGCUCAGUGUGAGCUCGGACCUUUUGCAAUAUUUUUAUAGUCAAUCUUUUUCACUGUAUUAAUUUCAUCUGUUCACCCAGGGUCACAGGUUGGGACAUGUGAUUUGCAAACAAGAGCUGGAGCUGUGUUGUGGACACGGCCUGCCAAUUAAGUAACAA